CGCAUAUAAAUAAAAAGAAGAAGAUUGUAAACACGCGGACUCACAUGCGAUUCAUUGAAUGAAUUUUUGAUAAUUUUUAUUAGUGCUCAAACAAAACGUAAUUAAAAUUGUAUAAAAUAAAUUUUAUGGUUUAAACACUAUUUGUAAAGUGAAAUAUAAAAAUGGGGAAAACCAAAAAGAAGGCACAUCCUAAAAAACGCACUGCAGCGUUCAAGGAAAAGGAAUCUAGUGAGCUGGUAGAAGCACCGCAUUCUUUUGUAAUACAUCGAGGGCUUUCAUGUCCAUAUAUAACCGAUUUAACAUUGGAUUUUCGUAAAAUCAUGGAACCAUUUACGGCAUUACAAUUAAAAGAAAAGAAAAUAAAUCGCAUUAAAGAUUUUGUGGCAAUGAGCGGCUUCUUCCAUGUCUCUCACAUGGGUAUAUUUAACAAAGCCACAUCCCAGUUGUCAUUUAAAAUUGUCCGCAUGCCCCGUGGUCCUACGCUUACUUUCAAGGUACACCAAUUCACUUUGGCGCGAGAUGUCCUUUCAACCAGCAAAAGACAGUUUGUGGACGAGGAUAUGUUUAAACACUCACCACUUGUUAUUAUGAAUAAUUUCACAGGUGAUGGCAAACAUCUUAAAUUGAUGGCCAGCACGUUCCAGAAUAUGUUUCCCGCAAUCAAUUUAGCACAAGUGAAUAUUGCUACAAUUCGUCGUUGUGUGUUAUUCUCAUAUACACCGGAAACGAAUUUAAUAGAAAUGCGUCAUUAUUCCGUUCAAGUGGUGCCAGUCGGCUUGACGCGAGGUGUUAAAAAGCUUGUGAUGGGCAAAAUACCAAAUUUAUCCAAAUGUGAAGAUAUUGCCGAUUUCAUAAUGCAAGACGGAGGAGCUUCAGAGUCGGAAAUGGAAGAUGAUGAGCAAUCGCAGGUUGUACUGCCACAAACUCUUAAACGUAAAGGCAACUUAGAGGAUAAUAAAUCAGCGGUUCGUCUAUAUGAAAUUGGACCACGCCUGACUAUGCAAUUAAUGAAAAUCGAGGAAGGUCUCCUAACAGGCGAAGUGUUGUAUCACGAUCACAUAGUUAAGACCGAAGAUGAAAAGGAGGCACUACGUAAAAUGAUCGAGAAGAAGCGCAAACUUAAAGAGUACAGAAAGAAGGUACAAGAAGAUAACCGAAAACGCAAUUUACGUGCAAAAGAGGAGGUGGCAGGUAAACGCAAGAAACAUAGGAGCGAAGCUGCAGCUAUCGGUGAUGAAACGAAAGAAGAAAGCGAUCCCGAAAACGAUGCAGAGUACUACAAACAGGAAGUUGGCGAAGAACCUGAUGAAGAACUUUUCAAAGCUGAAAGCAAGUCAAGGAAACGCGCCAGCUUGCCACCAAGUUUAAAGUUCAAAAACAAAAAGCUGAAGAAAGCGCAAGAAAAAAAGAAAUGAUAUGUCCAUAACACGCAAUAAAAACCCAUUUAUCACAGA